AUGACGGAAGAGGUGGACGAAAUCCGUAGGCUGCAAGAGGCUCGCAGCGCCAGUGCGCUCAAGAACACGCUUGCAGUGGGCAAGCUCGGCAUCUACGACCAGGACAUUUACGGAUCAGGCAAGCGCAGCAGCGACUAUGUUCGGGAGCUACCGAUGGACAUGGGCAAUACCGAUAGCGGAUCUGACAAUGACGAUGACACAUCCAGUGGAAGAAGGUCCAAUCCACUCGAUGUAUACUCAGCCCCACACCAUCUCUUGCACGAAUUUGUAGACGAGGAUCACGAUCCACUGAAAGCCCGAGCUGAGUCAAGGCAGAUCGCUGCACGUCAGAGCGACUAUCACCUCCGAAGAUUCAACCGAGAGCUUGGCGAUGGAAAGGCGGUAGAUGCCUUUGCUGAAGAUGACCAAGCCAACGGAGGCGAUGAUCAAGAGAGUUACAAGGACCGCAUGAGGAGGGCAGCACUAGAACGAGAGACGAGGCAAGUAACGCGCCUGAUCGAAAUCAAGGAGAAGGAGGCGAAGGAAAAGGAAGCAGAAAGGUCACAGGAGACGGAUGAAUGGGAUGUAAAGCCUUCUCCUUCGACAGCCAAGCCGGAAGGUGACCGCACACCUAAACAGAAACGAAAAAGAAGAUGGGAUGUUGCAGCUCCUGCAGAGACUUCGGAAGCUGACACAGAGACCAAAGGACAAACUUCACAAGCGUCUUCCUCCGAGCAAGCGCCGCGCAAAAGACGAUCACGAUGGGACGAGGCUCCCGUCGAGGCCAAUGACACUGCCAGCAUCUUAACACCAGAGGCAGCCAACCCUAUAGCUAAGCGAUCUCGCUGGGAUCAGGCGCCCAUCGAGGAAGAUGGGAGCAAUGGCAUCGGUAAAGUACAGUCGUCGUCGUCCAGCAUAAGUCAUGCAGUCUCGAUCGCUGUCGAUCCUCGCAACCGAUACAUGUCUGACGAGGAGCUAGACUCCAUCCUCCCCUCUGAGGGCUAUAAGGUGGUUCAACCACCGCCCGACUACGCCCCUACACGCACGCCAGCUGCCAAUCUCAUCACGGUUCCGUCGCUGGAGACCGGUGGGUUCAUGAUGCAGGACGAGGGUGCUACUCGUGCUGUGCUUGAAGAGAUGAUUCCCGAGCUUCCCACCGACAUUCCCGGCGUCGGUCAGCUGGCCUUCUUCAAGACUGAGGAUCAAGCCUUCUUCAAGAAGAUCCUCAAUGAACAAGAUGAGACGAAGCUCAGCCUGGACGAGCAAAAGGAGCGCAAGAUCAUGCGCUUAUUGCUCAAGAUCAAGAACGGCACGCCUGCAACUCGAAAGACAGCGCUUCGUCAAAUCACCGAUCGUGCUCGCGACUUUGGACCCGGACCUCUUUUUGACAAGAUCCUUCCGCUGUUGAUGGAGCGCACUCUUGAGGAUCAAGAGCGUCACUUGCUGGUCAAAGUCAUCGAUCGUAUUUUGUACAAACUCGACGACCUGGUGCGCCCAUAUGUAGGACGCAUCCUUGUCGUCAUCGAGCCGCUUCUUAUCGACGAAGACUACUAUGCAAGAGUCGAAGGUCGCGAAAUCAUCAGCAACCUCUCAAAGGCAGCCGGACUGGCUCACAUGAUCAGCACCAUGCGUCCUGACAUCGAUCAUGUCGACGAGUACGUGCGCAACACCACAGCACGAGCCUUCUCAGUCGUUGCAUCCGCACUUGGUAUUCCUGCUCUGCUGCCCUUCCUCAAAGCCGUAUGUCGAUCAAAGAAGAGUUGGCAAGCUCGACACACAGGCAUUCGCAUCGUGCAGCAGAUCGCCAUCAUGAUGGGAUGCGCCAUCCUGCCGCACCUCAAGAGCCUCGUCGAUUGCGUCGAGAAGGGACUUGAGGACGAGCAACAAAAGGUUAAGACAAUGACCGCUCUUUCAUUGGCCGCGCUUGCCGAGGCAGCUGCACCGUACGGCAUCGAAAGCUUCGAAAACGUUCUCAAGCCGCUUUGGAUUGGAAUUCGACAGCACCGUGGCAAGGGUCUUGCCGCAUUCCUCAAGGCCAUCGGCUUCAUCAUCCCGCUUAUGGACUCGGAUAGCACGCUCUACUUUGUCAAGGAAGUGACGCCUACCCUCAUCCGAGAGUUCCAGAGUGCAGACGAAGAGAUGAAAAAGAUCGUUCUUAAGGUGGUCAAGCAGUGCGCGGCUACAGACGGCGUCACCGGAGCAUUCUUGCGCGAUGAAAUGCUUCCGGAGUACUUUAAGAAUUUCUGGGUGCGCAGAUUGGCGCUCGACCGCCGAAACUACAAGCAGGUAGUAGAGACCACUGUUGAACUAGCCAACAAGGUUGGUGUCGCCGAGGUUGUAUCUCGCAUCGUUAACGAGCUCAAGGACGAGAGCGAGCCGUUCCGCAAGAUGGUAAUGGAGACGAUUCAACAAGUUGUUUCCAAUUUGGGCGCCGCCGAUAUUGACGAACGUCUCGAGGUUCAGCUCAUCGACGGCCUCAUCUACGCUUUCCAGGAACAGACCGUCGAAGAUCAUGUGAUGCUUGAAGGCGUAGGCACCGUCGUCAACGCACUCGGCAUGCGGGUCAAGCCAUAUCUCACGCAAAUCGUCUCGACCAUCCUUUGGCGUCUCAACAAUAAGAACGCUAAAACGCGCCAGCAAGCGGCAGACCUGACUACAAAGCUGGCGCUCGUCAUAAAACAGUGCGGCGAAGAAGCUCUCCUCGCAAAACUCGGUGUCGUCCUGUUUGAGCAGCUUGGCGAAGAGUUUCCCGAGGCCCUCGCGUCAAUCAUCAGUGCCGAGACAGCUAUUGCCAACGUAGUUGGCAUGGCGCAGAUGAAUCCGCCAAUCAAGGACUUGCUGCCUCGCAUGACUCCCAUCUUACGCAACCGACAUGAAAAGGUGCAGGAGGCCAGCAUCAACCUCAUUGGCAGGAUCGCAGACAAAGGUGCCGACUCGGUCAAUCCACGCGAGUGGAUGCGCAUCUGUUUUGAGCUGCUAGACCUGCUCAAGGCACACAAGAAAGCCAUCCGUAGAGCGGCAGUCAACAGCUUUGGAUAUAUUGCGCGGGCCAUCGGGCCUUCAGAUGUUCUGCAAGUGCUCUUGACUAAUCUGCGAGUCCAGGAGCGACAAUCGCGUGUAUGCUCGACCGUCGCAAUCGCCAUCGUGGCCGAGACAUGCGGUCCAUUCACCACGAUCCCCGCCAUCCUCAACGAAUACCGCACUCCAGAACUCAACGUUCGUAACGGGUGCCUCAAGGCGCUCAGCUGGGUGUUCGAGUACAUUGGUGAAAUGAGCAAGGACUACGUAUACUCGGUGAUUAGCUGCCUCGAUGACGCACUGACGGAUCGUGAUCACGUUCAUCGACAGACAGCAGCCAGCAUCGUCCAUCAUCUGGCGCUCGGUACGUUUGGACUCGGUCAUGAAGAAAGCAUGCAGCAUCUGCUCAACCUCAUAUGGCCCAAUAUUUUUGAGACGAGCCCACACGUGCUUGGCUCGGUGAUGGCGGCGAUCGAGAGUCUCGAAGUAGCCCUAGGACCUGGCGUGCUCCUCAAUCACACACUGCAAGGACUCUUUCAUCCAGCGCGGAAGGUGCGAGAGAUCUAUGUUCGCUUGUACAACUCGACCUAUCUCCGCUCUCAGGACGCCAUGGUGGCAUAUUAUCCCGACUUUUCAGAGUUCUCGGAUGAGCGAAACGAUUUUCGAAGACACGAACUCUAUACUUUGUUGUGA